CUCUUACCUUGUCUUGUCUCAGAGCACAACCAUGGAGGCGCGUGGUCGAAACUGACGAUGAUGUAUACUCUGCCAGCGAGUUACCGCUCACCCACUGGCCACUUCGUCUGGUGAUUAAUUACCGAAUACCCAGAUGCAAAGUUUAAGCGUUUUUGUCUUCUCGUUCUCUGUCCCGCCAUACUGAUGUUUACUUCUGUUCUCUUCGAUGUCCCUGAAACAUUUUCUUAGAUUUGCUGUCGGCGUGCAUCUCUUCCCCGAUUUGUAGAGGAUUUGGACGCUUUACUAUGAUUGUAGUAGCUCCAGAGAUUGUUAGCUGGUUGCUUGCCUGCUUUAUCUGAUAAGUUCUUGUUUUCCAUCGUCUUUCUUCACUUGCUUGUGCACAUUUGCCUCUGGUUCUGAUUAUUCGUCAAUGGAGACUGAAUAAAUUCCAAUUCCUAGGUCUUCCUGGUCAUUUGUCCCCCCCCCCUAAAUAUAUGGCUUCUUUAAGGACCAUUUCCCAUCGUGCUAUAUACGGCAAUUUGUUGUGACUGUGCUGCUAGAAAUCGUUGUCACUAAACCUUGAGGGCUUAACUGCUUAAGAGCCAUCGGUAGGUAUGCCGUUUCGUCUUCAUGGAUUGCAAUUCAAGAGUUUCUACUAUCAAGCGAUUGCCCACCUCAAUUAAAGCUCCUGCUUUGUAUAAUCAGUUCAUGCUCUUCAAUCGCUGGCAGUGAUCUGGCUAUUCUCUGCUGCUUGCUGGCUUGUUCUCUGUUGGAAUCCCAGAAGCUUGUUUUUCUUGAUUGUCGGGAAAAAAAAUGUCAGAGAAGAGCAUGGUUCCAUCGAAGAGCGUGGUUCCAUCAAGAUUUAUAUUUUGUGUAAUUGUGGUUUCUAUGUUCCUUUUGGUAUUGUCUUCGAUUUUCCUCCUUCAGUUUAGAGAUCAUUCGUUCAUACCUAGAUCAGUGUUUGAGCUUAUUCUGGUCAAUAACACAUCGUUUUACUUCAACCCCAAUACCAAGAAGGAAGAAGAUAUGCUCUCCCCGUUCCCUUCUGGAGACAAAAAAAUUCAAGCUCAAAGGCCCGGGGAAUCGGACUGUCAAGUUUUCAAAUCAAGCCAGAAACUGAGCUCUAUAGAAGAACAGGGAAUUAUGGCCUGUGAUCCUACUGGGGCACUUUUGAGAGUGUUCAUGUAUGACUUGCCUCCUGAAUUUCACUUUGGGAUGUUGGGUUGGAAGGGAAGUGAAAACCAAACGUGGCCACUGGUGGAUGACCCAAAACUAGUCCCAUCAUAUCCUGGGGGACUAAAUUUACAGCACAGUCCAGAAUACUGGCUCACCCUCGAUCUCCUAUCAUCAAAUUCUGGAAAAGUCGUCAGGCCUUGUACUGCAUUUAGAGUGCAAAAUUCAAGCCAAGCAGAUGUAAUUUUCGUUCCAUUUUUCUCAUCUCUGAGUUACAACCGGCUGUCUAAGAUUCAAGGGGAUGAGAAAGUUAGUGCAAAUGAAAUGUUGCAAGAGAAGUUGGUACAAUUUCUUAUGAGCAGGGAAGAAUGGAAACGUUCAGGAGGGAAAGAUCAUCUCAUUGUAGCUCACCAUCCUAACAGCAUGCUGGAUGCAAGAAGAAAGCUGGGUUCUGCCAUUCUUCUACUUGCAGAUUUUGGAAGGUAUCCUGUUGAAAUAGCGAAUGUGAAGAAAGAUAUUAUAGCACCGUAUAAACAUGUCGUACGUAGCACACCAAGAGAUAGAUCAUUUUCAUACAAGGAUCGUCCUACUCUCUUGUAUUUCCAAGGGGCAAUAUACCGGAAAGAUGGAGGAAUUAUUCGCCAAGAACUGUAUUAUCUUCUCAAAGAUGAGAAAGACGUCCACUUUGCAUUUGGAACAGUACGAGGAAAAGGGAUACGUGAGGCAAGUUAUGGGAUGGCCUUAUCGAAAUUCUGCCUAAACAUUGCUGGGGAUACCCCAUCCUCCAAUCGUCUCUUUGAUGCCAUAGCAAGCCACUGUGUUCCUGUGAUUAUUAGUGACAAAAUUGAGCUACCAUUCGAAGAUAUCCUGGAUUACUCAGACUUCUGCCUCUUUGUCCGUGCCAAGGAUGCUGUGAGGAAAGGCUAUCUGCUGAGUCUGCUAAGAUCAAUCACGGAGAAGAGGUGGACUGAGAUGUGGGAAAGAUUGAAGGAGAUUACAUUGCACUUUGAGUAUCAAUAUCCAUCCCAAACUGGGGAUGCUGUGAAUAUGAUUUGGCAGGAAGUUGCGCAUAAGGUUUCUUCUGCACGAUUUGAUUUGCACAGGAAGAACAGAUACAAGAGAUCUCAGCUUCUUGUCAAGACUGACUGAAAUACUGAGGUGUUCAAAGGAUCGAACGUCAUUGAAGGUGCAGGUGCCAAUUCCGUCUUUGUUUGCAAAUCCUUUGUUUCAACAUCCUUUAGGCUACGAAAACUUCCAGGAACUGGUGAUUUCUCCUCAUCCCACCUCAACGCAAGAUUCUUGCUUGUCAGGCUACAAACUCUGUAUGGCUCAGAAACUAAAAUCCCAAUACAAAAUAAAAGAAUCAAUCCUCUGAAAGUGAAGUAACUCAUGCUUCUAUGAAACGGAAAAUGUUGGAGGAAGGAAGCUUCUUUGUUUAAAGCCAAAAUAGAGAGGAGCUGGGUAGCUUGAGUCAAGUGUUAUUGCUCAUGUCUGCAAGAAUAAGCCCGAAGUUUAUCUUCUAUGGGAUUUGAGAGGAUGAAAGCAUAAAGCAUGAAAAUGCCAAGGAGCAGAAGAUGUGGGGAAGUUUUAGAUUCGCCUCAAUCAUAAGCAUGCUAUAGAAGCUAAUAUAUAAGGCUGUUUUAGACGACUCUGACAGGUUUGAGCAAAAGUGUUGAUUGGAACAAUAUCCUAGGGAGGACAAGCAUCUUUUCAUUCAGUUUCCCUACAUCCCUAUAAUUUGCCUUGUGCUCUUUUUUACCAAACAAAGACCGAAUCUUCCUUCUCUUGAA